ACUUCCUGGUUGUGCAGCUCCUGUCUUAGUCCCCAGUCCCCAUUGUGCCUCCUUUCUCCCUCCAUGCAGCACUACGCCCUGGGGCCAUGGGGGCCCGGGAACCAGCUCUGAGCAUCCCCUGGUGCCUGGGAGAGUGCAUCAGCCAGCGGGUGCUGAGACUCAGGACUCCUGGGUUCUGUCCCCGGCUCUGGCAGCGGAGUGGGGUCUGGGGCAGGAUUCCUGAUUCCCAUGGAAGCACCCUGCAUCCCAGAUCUCCAGGGCUCUGAGGACACGGAUGGGCCACAAGGCGUCCAUAGAGGUGCUGAGAUGCUGCACAGGGACGAGGAGGGGAGUCCGUGGCAGGAUGAAGCAUUGUCGGGCGAGGCGCCCGAGGGCCAGCCUGGGGCCGAGGCUCAGCCGGAUGGAGCACAGGGUGAAGGGAGCGCGGAGCGGAAGACAUGCCCUGAGUGCGGGAAGAGCUUUGCCUGGAGCUCACACCUGGCGCAGCACCGGCGUACGCACACCGGGGAGCGGCCGUUCCGGUGCGGUGAGUGUGGCAAGAGCUUCAGCCGCAGCUCCAACCUCGUGAAGCACCAGGGCACCCACACCGGCGAACGCCCCUACCGCUGCCCCGACUGCGGCCGCGGUUUCACUGACUCCUCCAACCUGGCCGCUCACCUGCGCGGCCACGCCGGCCACAAGCCCCACCGCUGCCCCCAGUGUGGGAAAGGCUUUGCCCGGCGCUCCCACAUCGCCACGCACAGGCGCACCCACACCGGCGAGCGCCCCUUCCCCUGCCCCGACUGUGGCAAGGCCUUCACCCAGCGCUCCGACCUGGUGGCCCACCGCCGCACCCAUACCGGGGAGCGCCCCUACCGGUGCACUGUGUGCGGCAAGCGCUUUGGCAUGAGCUCCACCCUGACGGUGCACUGGCGCACCCACACGGGGGAGAAGCCCUACCGCUGCCACCAAUGCGGCAAAGGCUUCACCCAGAGCUCGGGCUUCCUCACCCACCAGCGGCUCCACGCCGGAGACAAGCCCUACAAGUGCGGGCAGUGCGGCAAGGCCUUCAGCGUCAGCUCCGAUCUCCUCGUCCACCGGAGGGGCCACGACGCUGGGGCUGCAGCCCACAAGUGCCCUGACUGUGGGGCUGGCUUCAGUGCCAGCAAUGAACUCCUGAACCACCAGAGCAGCGCCCAUGGGGAGAAGACGCCACACCGGUGCGCAGCUUGCGGGAAAGCCUUCCGGCUCCGUGCUGCCCUCGGCAGGCACCAGAGGACUCACAGUCAGCAGAGAUCGCACAGCUGCUGCCAGUGUGGGAAAAGCUUCCUGCACAGUUCGGCCCUCAGCGCCCAUCUGAGGACCCACACAGGGGAAAAGCCUUUCAAAUGCACCCAGUGCGGGAAGGACUUCCGCCAGAGUUCAGCCCUGAUCAGACAUCAGAGGACUCACAUGGGCUAGGGACUGGCCACGGCUCACCCUUGGGGGUCAGGGGCCGGCUUGGAGAUCAAGCGGAGCAGAGGACAGGGGUCAGAUUGGGGUGGGUGCUGGGAA